AUGGCCGACCCGCCAUCAAGUAUUGUGCCUUAUACUGUCUUCACAGCUCGUCAGAAACGCCUCUUGAUAUUGAUGAUUGGACUAUCGAUGUUCUUCUCGCCAUUCUGCGCAAACAUUUAUAUAGCAUGUCUCCCAGCGCUUGAGAAAGCCAUGAACACCACCCCGCAAAUGAUAAACCUUACUGUUACCGUCUACCUGAUCUUCCAAGGCAUUGCGCCAACCAUCUUUGGCGACCUUGCGGACACCAUCGGCCGACGGCCGACGUAUAUACUCACAUUCACUCUUUUUGUGGUUGCGAAUAUCGGGCUUGCCCUGCAGAGUUCGUAUGCAGCGUUGUUGGCGUUGAGAAUAUUGCAGAGUGCAGGAUCAUCGGCUGCAACUGCAAUUAGCUAUGCAGUUGUUGCAGACGUAGCACCGCCAGCUGAGAGGGGGAAAAUGCUAGGUCCAGCCUUGGUUGCAACGAAUAUUGGAAUCAUUAUAGGGCCGUUGCUUGGUGGGGUACUAGCGGACACUGUUGGCUGGCGAUGGAUUUUCUGGCUUUUGGCAAUCCUCGGCGGCAUUUUCCUUUUUGUGUUGUUGACGUUCUUCCCAGAGACCGCACGGAAUAUUGUUGGCAGUGGCAAUUUGGAAGUUGGUCCUUUGAAUAGGACUCUACUCAGCUAUCUCCCUGUCAAAAGUGAAACACAGACAGUUGGUGGAGAGCAAUGUUAUCAUGAUCGAAAACGGUCCUUACAGAGGAGAAAAUGGUUGCCGAAUCCGCUCAAGUCUAUCCGUCUGGUAUUCUACAAAGAUACAUCGCUCGUAUUGUCCAUAAGCGCAAUGGCUUACAUGGUCUUCUUUUGCAUUCAAGCGUCCUUACCAGGCAUCUUUGUCGACGUUUAUGAUUUGGAUGAGGCACAAAUCGGGUACUCCUUUAUUGCCAGUGGCACGGGGGUUGUAAUUGGAGGAUAUAUGAAUGGCAAACUAAUGGACUAUAACUACCACAAAACGGCAAAGUCCAUCAACAACACGGUCAACGAAACACAAAGGGGCGACCGAAUUAGCUUCCCAAUCGAAAAGGCACGAUCUAAGAGCUCAUGCGUCCUGGUAUCGUGUCUGGCAGUCUGUAUCGUUGGCUACGGAUGGGCGAUUCGUGCAAGGGUUCAUAUAUCUAUCCCUCUUAUAGUAACCUUUUUACAAGGCUGCCUAGUAUCUUGUUUAAUUCAGACCUACAAUACCCUACUUAUUGACACGCAUCCGGAGCAACCUAGUAGAGCAGGCGCAGCGGGUAACAUAACGAGGUGUGCUCUUGCAGGCUGUGGUGUGGCAUCAAUCGAGCCGUUACUUCAUGCAGUUGGUCCUGGAUGGACUUUUACCAUUCUGGGAUGUGCCUUUGGAUUUUGCAGCUUGUGUGCCAUUUGCCUCAUUCGGAGAAAAGGCAUGGCUUGGCGUACUACCAGACAGAUGGGUAAUCAAGAACAUAGUCCUCGGCUAGGCAUACAAAGCUCUGGAGCAAAAAGUCUUUGCGAUCACAAUGGAACCAAAACAGCAGACUUGGGGCUCAUGAAAGCCACUCCUGAAGGUCUUGCGUUAUCGGAGAGCAAAUUUUUACCAAGAUGAGGAG